AUGGCACUCGUGGAGAUGUCCGCGCCGGCGGAGUACGACGAGGGCGCAGGCAAGGCCGCGGCGACGGUACCAACGAGGAGCUACUGGCGAUGGCACAGGGACGACUUCUUCCCGGAGCCGUCGUUCGCGAGCUGGGGCGCGUAUCGUCGGGCGCUGGGCGAGACCCCUGCCCGCCUCGGGGACCGCCUCGCGGGGCGGUCCACCGACGCCGCGGAGCUGGGCGCACUGCGCCGCCGGAGCGAGCACGAGAUGCGGCGGUGCCUCACGUGGUGGGACCUCACCUGGUUCGGCUUCGGCUCCGUCAUCGGCGCCGGCAUCUUCGUUCUCACGGGGCAGGAGGCGCACGACCACGCGGGCCCCGCCAUCGUGCUCUCCUACGUUGCCUCGGGUCUCUCCGCCAUGCUCUCCGUCUUCUGCUACACCGAGUUCGCCGUCGAGAUCCCGUGGCCGGCGGCUCCUUCGCCUACCUCCGCGUCGAGCUCGGCGAUGCCGCGGCGUUCAUCGCCGCCGCCAACCUCAUCCUCGAGAGCGUCAUUGGCACGGCGGCCGUGGCGCGGUCCUGGACGUCCUACCUCACGUCGCUCAUCAACAAGCCCGCCAGCACGCGGCGGAUCCACGCGCCGGGGCUCGCCGAGGGGUACGAUGAGCUAG